CCUAACCCUCUUAGGAAUAAAAAUUACGCGAGCUGCAACGCUGUGUCAUGCAUGUUUGUCAGCAAAUACUUGAUUGUGGUGAUCGAAGUUGACAAAGGUCUCGUGCUUAUCUACCCCGCCGAGGACCGUACCGAUGCAAGCUGGAAUUGGCACCACGUAACUUAUUUAGUGUUUUUCCAACAUGGACCUGUUCUCACUCUUUGUUUCGUUGCUCCCCCUACUCGUAUAUAUCCUCGCUAGGUAUGCCUCCCCUCGCCCCUCCCCUGGGGAACCACCGAGGAGUCUUUGGUUCCCCGUCAAAUAUCUCUGGCUCCGCUGGGUUCUGUUUUGGUCCAGACGGAGGUACCUGCACCUGCACCGGCGAGUGACGAGUCACGAUAGGAUGGUGGCCAAGGCAAGAGAGAUAAGCCGGCUGGAGUACGGCGGCACGACGGUAGGCCGUCAGCCACGGGAUUACACAUCGCUGUACAUCAACGGUUCAGAUGCGACCGGCAAUCACUGCCUCGUAGUCCGUGUGACUCUCCGGUCCGAUGACCGACGGGAGGUAUGCUUCCUCCUCCGUGUCCCUGAGGUAGGGGACCUGGUCCUACCCAGACACCCGGCCUGUCUGAUGGAGGGCCGUGUCAACGGGGAUGAGUUUACCGGGGAGGGACUCAAGUGUACGGUGCUGGAACCACUGAGGACUUGGAGGAUCAGUUAUAAUGGGCUGUGCCGUGUCGGAAUUAGGAGAUCAGAUGGUGAACUUGACGACCGGCCACUGGUACAUGUGCGGUGUACGCUUCUUUGGAGUGCCUUCACGUCCUACUUUGACUUCACGACCGACGUCAACCCCCGCUUGGCCGCUGAGAAUCUUGCUAAAAGAAUGAGGAACGGGGAGGUACUGGACAAUCUCGAUGAGGCUAACAGGCAGAGUCAUCAUUAUGAGCAGUUUGGUAUGAUCCAUGGCGUGGUACAGGUCAAGGGUCAGGAGGAGAAGACAAUAGUCAUGCGUGGUGUGAAAUCGCAUUCAUCCGGGAUGCGGGGACAGUGGGAAAGGGCGGAAAGCCACAUCAUCAACUACAUGGUGUUAGAGGAUGGGACUUGCUUGCAUGUCGGUGCGUACUGCGAACAGGAUUCGAGUACUUUCUCGGGCUAUAUGACCAAGCCCAACGGGGCAAUAUUUCCUGCAGUGUCCGUGGAUCUGCCCGUACGAAAACAUUUGCAAAAUAAUAACCAACCACCUAAGAUGUUCUCGUUUAGCGUGCAGUUCGAGAACAACUUUACUGUUGAGAUACAAGCCGAGGUAGGGGAGAGAAUUCACCUCGAAGUGGACAGAGAGAAGAGAGUCCGUGUAUGUGAGGCUCUGACCAGCUACCGGGCUAACGGCGUACAUGGGCGGGGAGUCUGCCAGACGAUGAUCAGGUCGGACGAACACUGCUACGCCGUGUCGGACCAAAACACGUUCAAAAUCUACAAAGAACCAGAGAACCUUUCUGAAGCUGAUCUGGCUGCCUGGGUUCUGCCGUUGGUGGCGCCCUCUUGUCGUGUUUCCUCGUUAACUGGAGGCAAGGGAUCACAACUGGCCAUGUUGAUUGAACUCAAGAAACACAGAGAGGUCGAGUUUGAGGUUCCCAACGGAUUUUGUAUAACAACGACUGCAUUCGAUCGACAUCUCCAGAUGAAUGAGGAAUUGCAAGCUGCUGUCAAGACACUUAGCGAGGUGUCUUGUGGGAUACAAGAUGGCGAUCUGAAGACGUCAUGUGACAGCACUGUGGCAGUGUUCAGCAAAGCUGAGCUUGCAGACGACAUGAAGACGGCUAUUUCCCGCCAAUUUCAGGAGCUUUUUGGAAGUCCUCAAGAGGGCCAAUCGUAUGCCGUGCGCUCCUCUGCGGUCGGUGAGGACACGCCACAGAUGUCAGCAGCGGGACAGAUGGAAACAUACCUCGGCAUGAACACAAUGGAAAAGAUUUUCAAGGCUGUGCAAGAGUGUUGGGCGUCGCAGUUUUCCUUCCAAGCUGUCCAGUAUCGAAGACAGUACGGCCAGCCUGUGGAAUCCACCAUGGCGGUGGUUGUUCAGGAAAUAGUUCUCGCCAAAAGUGCAGGUGUGAUAUUCAGCCGCGAUCCAAUCACUGGCAACCCAGCACAAAUUGUGAUCAACGCCAACUUUGGACUCGGUGAGUCCGUGGUGGCAGGUGUAAGCGAAGCCGAUACCAUCACACUGGAGGUAGACAGCAAGAAAGGCUUGACGAUAAGUGAGAAGAAGAUCGGUCGGAAAGAAGAAGCCAUAUUUAUAGCAGAGCAAGGAGGCACCAAAGUGACGUCACUACCCUCGUCCGAGUCUGCGAGUUGCGCAGUAUCGGACGACACGUGUUUGAAGCUCGGUCGCAUUGCUCUUAUGUUGGACGACAGCUUUGGCGAUGCCAGGGAUAUCGAGUACGCAGUGGUCGGCGAGUCCGUGUACCUUCUUCAGGCACGGGCAAUAACGACACUGGACGUACCCUCCCGAUACGAGCUGCUGCAUGAGUUCGAUACCGGCUUGCCCACCGACCGAAACCUCGUCUCAACCGGUAAUAUUCAGGAGAUGUGUCCAGGCAGCGUGACUCCAUUGACAUUAAAUCACUUCUUUUAUGAGUGCGACCUCAGUUUUCAGCUUGAUCAUAUUCCACUCGGGAGGCCUCUGAUACUACCAAACGUUAGAACCAUCUACUCGUUCUACAACCAGGGAUUCUUCAACUUAACGGACUUGGUUCGUUUUGCAACACGGGCGAGCAUGUUUAGCACGCAGGAGAUGGGACCUUCUAUAUGUGGCCAGGAUUUAGAUGCCAAAGACCUUGCUGAGUCGGAGAGGAUUGUAUCAGACCACACUGCAGUGUCUCGAUGGCAGAGACAUCUCAACACGCUCAAAUACAUCCAGAAAUUCUUUGUGAGUCGCAAAUGUCAGGAAGAGUUGGCUGAAAGAGUUCUGCAGACGCUGACCAAACACUGGACGACUGCGCAUGAGCAGUAUGAUGACAUCAUGGCUAAUAUGAACUCUGACAUGGGUCUGGCGUGGAUGCAUCACGUUCAUGAAAGCGGCAAAUCUGCAGUCAGUCGACGAAUAAUCAUGGAGAUCCUCAAGGGAGCAUCAAAGGAUGUGAAUGCCGAUGGUGAAACCGCCAUGUUGCUCUCCUCGUGCCCAGGGGUCGUGAGUGCCGACGUGCCCCUGGCCAUAGAGAGAGUGGCCCGGGCAAUAGUUCAAGAGGGAAUGGGCGAGUCCUUCCGAGACAUGGCCCCUGAACAAGCAUUAGCUUGGAUCCAAUCCUCGUCUAGUGGCUCAGCAGGCGCUGCCUUCGCUGAAUUCUUGAAGGUCCACGGACAUCGAUGCAUCAAGGAGAUUGAGCUGCGUGAAAAGUCUUGGGGAAUGGAGCCAAUUCAGACGAUACCAGUUGUGCAGGCAAUUUUAAAGUCUGGUUCCCUGUCGACAUCCACCGAAAAGAAGUAUCUGAGUGUCGAAGAGGCUGUCGACCGGCUGACAGUUCCCCUUUCUAAAAUUAUGAGAUUGCUGAUGGUCAGGUUCUUCGUGCCUCGGGCUCGCGAGUCGGUCGCAAACAGAGAGCGCAGUAAGUCCUUAUGCAUUCGACUGAACCACCACAAGAAAGAAGCGUUCUGGAGACUAGCAGGACUCAUGGUCAAAGAGGGCCGCCUUCCUGAUGAUGAUUUGCUGUUUUUCUUGACACCGUCCGAGAUUGGUCAUUUACUCAAGGAUAGAACACCUGCUCUAGUUUCAAGGGCCCUUCGCAGGCGCCGUAUCCUCCCAGAACAAGCCUCAUACAGGUUCCCGCUCAUCUUCAAUGGAAUCCCCAAACCGAUUUCCGAGGAGGAAGAGUCAGACGAAGCGGAGAUACAGUUACAAGGCUUGCCAAUCAGCCCUGGGACUGUGAAAAGCACAGCUAGAGUCGUCACAAGCCUUCAAGAUGCUCCCAGUAUACAGCAAGGAGACGUCUUAGUCACACGCAUCACCGAUAUCGGCUGGAGCCCGUACUUUCCUCUCAUCAAGGGUCUUGUGACCGAGAUAGGUGGAAUCAUGUCCCAUGGUGCUGUUGUCGCUCGUGAGUACGGCCUGCCGUGUGUUGUCAAUGUACAACGGGCUACCGUCGUCUUCAAGUCGGGUGACAUCGUUCUUCUGGAUGGAGGCAAAGGAACAAUCAAUAAAAUACAAGCAACUGAUUGAGACCCAUGAUGGGGGAGAUUGGUUUUUGAGGAGCAAGUGAAGAUUAAAGCCGGACAUGCUGAACAUUAAACUCCUACUUCCCGCUAAACUCCUGUGCUAACGAAUUAUGCAAGAAAACCGGUUUUGCGUGUGUAUGAAGACAAUUAUAAAAUAAUACACUCUGCAUUGUAUUUUGUCUUGAAAACAAAUUGUAUUCGCGUGAAACUUGAUGUACACCUUACAUAAUUUAUGUCAUAUAAUUCAAACUUCGAAACUUUUUGUUAAAUAAAUUUACCGCAAUAUUUUAUCGUCCAGUUUCUCGCUGGGAAAUGAAAAACUUAAUCGAUGUGAUUCCAAUCACUAUAUUUGUAUGAUAUUUUUAUUUCUUCAAUUUUAAUUUUUUUUAUCAGAUUUAUUAUUAUCUUUAAUUAAGAUCAUGUCAUGGCCAAUUGAUUUUUUCCUUCUCUCUCUGAAUUCUUUUUGUCUAAAAUUAGAAAUAAAUUGCAUCGCUAUACCAAACUGCAAUUGUUAAUUAACUGCUAUACCAAACUGCAAUUUGUAGUUAAUUGGAAACGGGAGUUUCUCUUCAAACCAUUUUCUUUUCCGAGGAUAUUCUUUUUUAUUCCCAAAAGAUGACAAAUUGCCACAAUUGAACACUUUUUUGGCGUAUACUCUUAAUUAAACACUGUUCCUGGCGUCCCGCUCUGUAUUUAUAACUUAUAUACUGAACUUGUUACAAAUUGCUUAAUUGAUUUUUCUAUGACUCUUUAUAAAGUUUUCAAUAUAGAUGGUAAUACAUGUUUGAAUGUCAAUGGUGA